CACUCUCAUCAUGGCUCCUGAACAGAAGAGAUGUGCUACCCACCGUCCCGCUCGAAUGCAGCGCUUUCUGGGUAUCCCGUGUCGGCGCUGGCCGCACAAUCGAGCUCAUCCUCAGCCCUUUCAGGAUGUUUGUGCUGGAGAAACCGAAUCAAAGGGCGGCGUGGAGGCCAAGAAGCAGAUCAUUAUGGAGGGAUAUUUGUUCAAGAGGGGCAGUAACGUCUUCAAAACAUGGAACAGGCGCUGGUUCCUGAUCCAAAACAACCAGCUCAUGUACCAGAAGAAGUCUGAGAACCCCACUGUGGUGAUGGAGGAUCUACGUCUGUGCACGGCUGAACACUAUAAGAGCAUCGGACGCCGUUUCUGCUUUAAGGUGGUUUCACCUACAAAGAAAUGUGUAUUACAGGCUGAUUCAGAGGAGAGAAGAGAGGAGCCGGACAGGAAGCUGUCGUCAUCAUCAUCGUCCGGUGAAACUCUGAAGUCGAUUUCCAUCACAUCCCAGUUAAACAAGGUGGUGGAUUUAAAAGCAAAGCAGGAAGGAUUCAGUAGCUCUGAAUCUCGAGGAUCUAAACACGCCGAGAGAGACUCGCUACGUCUAAAAUCAGUCUUUGGAUCCUCAGCUGGUGAUAAGAGCAAGACUUCAGUCCAGAGGAGCAGCUCUCCUUCUAAAGUUCUGACCAGAUUCACAGCUUUUAUAGAACGAAUCUUCUCUACUGUUGGUGAGGUUGUACUCGAACCUGCUGCCGAGUACGAUUCCUUCUCCGAUGCGUCUCUACUGCACAGUGUCGAGAUUGCCGGAGCUAGGGUCCGACGGACGCCACAUAUCAGAGAAAGCCUGGAGCAGGAACUGAGCACGUUCUCCAGCUACUUCAUCCACACAGAGGACUUUGAUAGACGGUACCGAGUGGGAAAGCUCCUGGGGAAAGGCGGCUGUGGUUCGGUUUUCGCAGGACUCCGGAAGAUUGAUGGACAAGAGCCUGGAGAGAAGAACAGCCUCCCAAAAGAGGUGGCGUUAAUGCUGAUGGCGUCCGAGCCACCUCGCUGUGAACACGUCCUAGAGCUUCUGGAAUGGUUCGACACUCCAGAGUGUUACUUCCUAAUCCUGGAGCGACCCGUCCUCUGCAUGAACCUCUUCGAGUACCGCAGAGACGACGCCCUUCCUGAACGUCUGGCUCAGAUCAUCAUGCGGCAGGUGGUUCUCGCUGCACGUCACUGCCAGGAUCGCGGGGUUCUUCACCGAGACAUCAAGGAGGGGAACCUGCUGGUGUGUUUGGACAGAUUAGAAGUGAAGCUCAUUGAUUUUGGGUGUGGGGACUUGCUCAAGUCGAGCCCCUACAGGGGAUUUUCAGGCACCUUGUUAUACGCCCCACCUGAAUGGUUCAAGCGAGGUAAGUAUCAUGGCUGCCCUGCAACAGUCUGGAGUCUGGGGAUCUUACUGUUCGUUUUAGUGUGUGGAGAGAUGCCGUUCUGGAACGAGAGGGAGAUCACUGCUGGACACCUGAAGUUCAAACUUGGUGUGUCUAAGGCCUGCCGUCAUCUGAUCAGGAGCUGCCUGAGCAAGAAUCCAAAGAAGCGGCCCAGCCUCGAGAAGAUCCUGGAGCACCACUGGUUUCCAGAGAGCCUCAAGAACUAAGUCCAGGCACCUGUAGAAUUUUAGCAGCUGGAUCAUAGGCAUUCUGAUGGAAACCUGUUUACCCGCCGAGGUUAAGGAUUAAAGUCGAGACUGCCGUGACAACGAUGCUGCUCCUGCUGGAUGUGACGGGUCUGGAGUAAUUGCACCAAGAAUGACAAGAACUCACUACAGACUUUAUUGAAGACUAGAGCGAAUAACAACUCUAUUAUUAUUUAUUUAUUUAUCUAUUUAUUACCAGUUAUAACUUUUAGAUCAUUUAAUUCUGUGUUUGUAUGCUUUGUGUAAAUCGUGUAUUUAUUUAAAGUAUCCUCCAGACCACCCAAGAAGGAUGGGCCCUGCUGAGUCUGGUUCCUCUCAAGGUUUCUUCCUGUAAUUUUCAGGGAGUUUUUCCUUGCCACAGUCGCCCUCGGCUUGCUCAACAGGGGUUUUCGUAUCUGUUGGUCCUGGAUUUUGUAAAGUUGCUUUGAGACAAUGUCUAUUGUAAAAAGCGCUAUAUAAAUAAAGUUGACUUG